CGCGCCAGAGUCAAACGGACGUCCCCGAAGUGGUAAAAACGGGCAUCUUGUCUGCGACGCAGCUGCAGCUCUUUAUUGCGUGAAAUCCCACCAUCAUCAACGUCACCACUCCCGCCGUACCCCUCGCUGGAAAACUCUACCGUCUCACAGUGGGAGGGGGUUAAAAGAAAAACAGCCUUGUUGCUCACGCUCCAAACAACACGCCAAACGGUGCAAAGAGAAACUUUCCACAACUCCAUAUUCCACGGUUGAAACGUAAGUGCCGUCGUUUAGCGAAAGCAAACCCCCUGCGUAACGAGCUCCUACCAGCGAAAGAUGAGCUGCAACGAUAAGAACGAUGGCAUCUCGAAGGAGGAAUGGCAGAGCCGUCUCGAAACUUUUCCGUUCAAGCAGGACGACAUCAACAAGCUGAUCAUGAACUACCUGGUCACGGAGGGUUUUAAGGAGGCGGCGGAAAAGUUCCAAGCCGAGUCCGGCGUCACACCGUCGGUCGAUCUCAACUCGCUCGACAACAGGAUACAGAUCCGGGAGGCGGUCCAGAACGGUUUCAUUCAGGAGGCGACGCAUCUCGUCAACCAGCUGCACCCGGAGCUGCUGGACAACGAUCGCUAUCUGUACUUUCACCUGCAGCAACUGCACCUUAUCGAGCUGAUCCGUGCGGGCAAGAUCGAGGAAGCGCUCACCUUUGCCCAGACGCAAAUUUCCGAAGCGGGCGAAAGCAACCCGGAGGUACUGAACGAACUCGAGCGCACGCUGGCCCUGCUCGCGUUCGAAACGCCGCAGCACAGCCCGUUCGCGGACCUGCUCGGCCACUCCCACCGGCAGAAGGUGGCGAGCGAGCUCAACGCGGCCAUCCUGAAGAUGGAGCAGCAGGAACAGUCCAGCCCGCGGAUGAUCAACAUCCUCAAGCUGAUCCUUUGGGCGCAAACCGAGCUGGACAAGAAGAAUGUAAAGUACCCGAAGAUGAUGGAUCUGGCUUCCGCCACGAUCGAACCGAAGUGAGCCGCAUAUGUGUGAGUGGGUGUGUGUACGUGUGUGUGUGUGUGUGUGUGUGUGUGUGUGUGUGUGUGUGUGUGUGUGUGUGUGUGUGUGUGUGUGUGUGUGUGAGUGAGUGGGUGCUUCUGCGUGUAUGUAGAAAGUCGAACGUGAUAUUUGGGCGAGCGAUGGGCGCGAUUGUGAGUUUGUAGGGGCAUGGCCGAUUUGCCAGCCCAAACUAACAGCUGAAAAGAGUAAUGGUGACGCGAUUUUUUAGGCUAGGGAAGCUUUGAAAAGCACCAACGUGUUGGCCUAGGGCUACAGGUUUUUUAUUCGUUUUUUUUUUUUUGUUUCGUGAUUAGAUUGUGUUAAGAUGAGAAAAGUCUAGGAAGGCAGUAGAAUCGAGUAGAAGUUUAAACUUUUUCGAUCCGAUUUUAUGAACAAGUACCAUGCACACGCUCCGAAACGAUCUGUCAGCAUUGUACUGCACAUACUUAAAAAUGGAAACAAGUGCGACGGUUUUUGAAUGCAUGUUAGUCACGCCCUUUUCAUUCUGGGUGGCAAAUUGCUCCCUUUUUAGUAAAAUAUUACAUACCUCAGUUAUGGACAAUAUUAUGUAGGCCAAUUAAUGACCUUUUUUUUUCUUCUAACCAUUCUGCAAUAUGUUUGUGUUCACUUUCUUAUACCUAGCAUCUCAUUGAAGGCGUAACAGAAAAAAAAUAAAUAUAUUUUUGUGUGUA